CAAGUAAAGGGCAAGCGACCAUUAAUUUGACACUGUUCGUAGCAACAAAUUGUCUCGUGAACCAUCAGCAAUGGCGGGAGAACUGCUUUCUCUAAAUGAAUCCUUAUGGGAAGGAGGCAACUUUACUUCGGACAUGUUGGACUCAAACGGCUCAGAGAUAAGCGUGGGCAACAUCACAAUCUACUACUCGGAGAACAUCAUCAACUCCCUGUCGGUGCAAAUCCUGUUUUACAUGAUCUACUCCAUCAUCUUCCUGCUGGGCAUCACCGGCAACUGUCUGGUGAUGUACGCCGUAUUCCGCAACAAGGCCAUGCAGACGGUGACCAACUACUUCAUCCUGAACCUGGCGCUCUCCGACAUCCUGCUCUGCGUGCUCUGUGUGCCCUUCACGCCGCUCUACACGUUCCUCCAGCGCUGGAUCUUCGGCGCCUUUCUCUGCCACCUGGUCACCUGCACGCAGGGAAUCAGCAUCUACAUCUCCUCGCUGACGCUGACUACCAUCGCCAUCGACCGGUUCUUUGUCAUUAUCUACCCGUUCAAGCCCCGGAUGCAGCCCUCGACCUGCCUGCUGUUGAUCCUGUGCACGUGGAUGCUGUCGGUGGGCGCGACCAUUCCUUACGCCAUCUUCGUAGAGCACACGAAGUACGACAACGAGACGUACGUGUGCCAGGAGAACUUCCCGGGCCAGGUGCGGCUGACGUUCGGCAGCAUCACCACCGUGCUGCAGUUCGUCAUCCCGUUCUUCAUCAUUACCAGCACGUACACGCUGAUCUCGCUGAAGCUCUCCAGCCGGGCGCGCUGCAAGCCGGGCUCCAAGACGCUGCGAAAGGAGCAGGCCGACCGCGAGCGGAAGCGGCGCACCAACCGGAUGCUGAUCGCCAUGGUGGCCGUGUUCGGCCUCUCCUGGCUGCCGCUCAACCUAAUGAACAUCCUGGACGACGUGUCCACGAACCUGGGCCUCGGUUGGGCGCGUUGGCCCUACUUCCACCUGCUCUUCUUCGUCACGCACGCCAUCGCCAUGAGCUCGACCUGCUACAACCCGUUCCUCUACGCCUGGCUCAACGAGAACUUCCGCAAGGAGUUCAAAGACAUCCUGCCCUGUUUCGGGCGGCCGGGGCGAGCGGGCACGAACGGCGCGCUGGCGCACAGUCGCGGCGGCGCGGCGCCGCGCCCGUCCGCGGCCUGCGUCACCGAGGACCACGAGUUCAGGAACACGGCUGUGACGCACAUGCCGACCUCGGCGGACGAGCUGCUGCUGCAGCCGGUGGAGCCGACCCGGCCGCUGCCGCAGUCGGACAGUCAGCAGACGGCCACCACCACCCUGGUCACCGACCUCUAG